AUUAUGAUAACAUAGAUGAUAAAAAAAUAAUUUUACGAACAUAAAAAUAAUUUCACGAUUACGAAAACGAGUGAACAGUCUAUUUUUUUCCAUUCAUUGACUAAAUAUUAACAAAAUGGCCAAUUGGAAUUCUUUAAUACCUUCCCAAUUCAAGCCGUCCGGUUUCAUUGCGGCUCUUCGAGCAUAUUUAGGUGGACGAAACUUCAAGCCAAAUAUAAGAAUGGUUGAUGAAGUAUCACCAGCUACUCAACCUCCACCUGAUGUUCCAGGAGGACCAAAUCAUACAGUUUUUAAUAAUUAUUACUGUACACGUGACAGCCGUAGAGAAGUUACACAACCAGUACUUAUUUUUGAAAAUAAUGCAAAACUUAUUGAAAAUACAAAGAAACUAGAACCUGGCUGCCCAUCAAAAGUGCCUCUUCCAGGAAAAGUUUUCCACUGGGAUUAAAAUUAUAUUUAUAUUAUAUAGUAGUGAAAAUGUAUUGAAUUAUAUUAUUUAAUCAGUAAAUUUAAAAUAAACAAAUGUCGUGUAAA